AUGAAUUCUAAACUACCAGAUGCCAGAAUUAUCCUCUCAGCAGAAAAAAAUGUUUUACUACAACCAAUACUAUUCCGCCAUCACUUACUGGCCAAAAUCAUUCAAUCUGAUCUUCGUCAAAUUAAGUGUUAUCACACGCCUUGUACAAAUUCUCAUUGGAAUCUAACGUGUUUUUACGAUGAUGUUCAUCUUUGUUUCUGUCAUUUACAUCAAAUUAAACGAUUAUCAAAUUGUUUUAAAUACAGUCACAACAUGGCAUUUGAUUGUUCGGGUCCGAACGAAUGCGAGAACGAUGGUCAAUGUUUUCAAAACUCACUAUCUUGUCGACGAGAAUGUUACUAUGGAUUUGCUACCAAUGCCUUCGCUUUGUCACUCGACCAUAUUUUAAAUUAUCAACUACGUCCAUGUGUUCGUUUCAUUCACCAAACAACUAUUGUUAAAAUAAGGGGAAUGUUAUAUCUUAGUAUCAUAAUAAUCGGCAUGACCAAUUGUGCUUUAGUCAUUGAUUAUAUUUAA